GCGAAUUGCUAUUAUAAGAUUUGACAGUGUUGUUGUUUUUAGUUUAAGUGAGUUUUAUUAAAAUCAUCGAUUAAAGGCCAGCCGUGCAAUAGUGUUGUUGUGCAAUACUUGUAGCAAUUUCAAUUUUAUUCUAUUACUAUGGAAUCCUCGACGGCUGCAAUGAUUAAGGCUCAAUCAAAUUGUGUGGCUGUAGAUAACAGCUAUUUUUUAUCAGCAGAACAAAAACAGUUUUAUGAAGAAAAUGGGUACCUCGUUAUUAAACAGAUGUUUGAUUUUGAUGAAUUAUACAACUUUAAACAGCAUUUUAUUCUCAUUGCCAAAGGGCAGGUGGAUAAAGGAAAUUCAACAGUUGUUCGUGAGCCGUCUCUUGUCAAGAAGGGGUUGAAAGGAGAGCAGGCCAUUAAUAAGAUUCAGGAGAUCCAUUAUGACGAUGUUUUUAUGACCUAUACAGAGCAUCCGAAACUGUUGAAUGUUGUCUCACAGUUCAUUGGUGAUAACAUCAGAGUGAUGAACAGUAUGUUUAUCAAUAAACCACCUGGCAGUUCUUAUCACCCACCCCAUCAGGACCUAUUUUACUUCCCAUUUCGACCUGCAGAGAAAAUCAUAGCGUCAUGGACAGCUGUUGAUGAUGUUACAAAGGAUAAUGGCUGCCUCUUCAUCAUACCACGGUCUCAUAAGAUGAAUCAUUUGUAUGCACAUGGUCAUUUGCCGGAUGCAAAUAAAUUAUACCACGGUAUAUUAGACAAGUCGGUGUUUGACAGCAGCAAGUAUGUCCAGUUGGAGAUGACUCCCGGAGAUACAGUGUUCUUUCAUCCCUUAAUUGUUCAUGGAUCGGGACCAAAUCUUACUAAGUUUUACCGCAAGUCGAUAACGGCUCACUACGCCAGCGGUUACUGCCAGUAUGUCGACGUGGAUGGUACAGUCCAAGAGGUUGUCGCCAGAGAUAUUGAGAACGAAGCCCAAAGGAGAGGAUUUAACCUCACGUUUGUGGACACUUGGCGUUUUAAAAGCAAGCAAGUGAUGGGAGCGAGGGCAAACCUCUAAAAGGGCCAGUUUAUGUUUCCAGGCGUAACUAUUAUAAUUAGUAGACAUUCCAUAUGUGAAAACAUUUUGCGGUUAUGGUUUAUAGAUGUCGCUCAUAAAAUAUAUUGCUGCCAUUUCCUGAAAUGGCCGUUAAACAUCGUUCAAUGAUAUUUAUGUCAACAUUUGACUGUAUUUUUAAAGAUAUAUAAUAGUUCAAGGUUGAGCAGCGCUCCGUGACCGUAUUUGGAACUAAACGGAAGCACGAAUUUGUAUAGUCUAUACUAAUUGUGUGGAUAGAAAGUAAACGCACUGAAAUGGCAAGUUAGUAUCGUCCUGUGUCGAUAUUUUUAUCGAGCGGCAACAACUAGUUUAAUACAAGAAUUAUAUGUAGUAAUUUUUAUUUUUAUAAAGAUUUUUAUUAAAGUCAAAUAUCUUUAAUUUUACACUUUUUAUAUGCUUUGGUAAUAAUAUGGUAAAUAUAUAAUAAUUAAUGUUGUUUUUAAGUAUAAUAAUAUUUUUGUACUGAAUGCCAGAAAUUAUGACCAAUUUGUAUUACUAUCACAAAAAUUCCUGUAGUUAAAAAAAAUAUAUCUUAUUUAAAAAAUCGACGCUAUUGGCUGUCAAAAACUGAUAUUAUUGUAAUUUUAAGUACGUGCUUAAUACUAGACUGUAUACUUUUGAUUUGUCUUUGUUAAUGACUUUAGAAAUUGUCUAUGUCAUCAAUUUUACGAUGGGAUGGGGCGCCAAAAAAAUUAUAUAAUUAAUCGAUAUGAUGUUAUAGCUGCAUUUUGAUAUUAACUGUGAUAGUUUUGAUGUUUUUAUGAAGUUUAUAUAGUGAUAAAAAUAACGAUUUUUGAUUGGUAAAGUUUACAGUUAAAUAUGUACUUUGACUAGAAAUAUUUUUUCAAUUGGGUGAUAUGAUGAAUAGAAGAUACAAGAAAACACAUUGUACUAAAAUACAUUUAUUAAUAAAUCUAUGGUUUGGUCUUGA